AUGGCAGCUGCAAAUCGUUCAAUGGAGUCCCGCGUGGGCAGAACUAAUCAAAGAUAUGGCACAAAAGGCGAGCGACUCGUCGCCGGUAUCGUUCCUCUGUCCGCCGACAAGACCAAAGUCUUGAUGAUCCAAUCCGCUGGGCCCGGUGGAUGGGUGUUGCCCAAAGGAGGCUGGGAACUGGAUGAACCAACUGCUCAACAGGCCGCGCAACGAGAAGCUUGGGAAGAAGCAGGUGUUAUCUGUACUGUGCAGCGGGAUCUCGGCGUGAUUCCUGACAUGAGACCUGCCACGCUGCUCACGACCUCUGCUCCCAAAGCAUCAUACCAAUUUUUUGAAGCCAUUGUCAGCCGCGAAGAAGCUCAAUGGCCUGAAAUGCACAAGCGAAAGCGACAGUGGGUCACAUAUGCACAAGCUGCAUCGGCUUUAGUUAAUCGUCCUGAGCUGCUUGAAGCACUGAAUCGCAGCUCAUUACGACGUUAG